AUCAUCUGAGCAGGGGAGAGUGCUUUUUGUGUCUGUGAGUGGGUGAGAUCGAGAUCAGGUGUGAGGAAGGCGACCAAAAAAAAAAGAGAGACAGCGAAGGAAAGAAGGAAGGAGGGAGAGAGUGCUGCUCUGAGGCGUUCCAUCAUCCACCAAACUCCUGCAGCUUCCCUCCUCCUCCUCCUCCUCCUCCACCAGGAGAGAGAGAGAAACAGCAAGAGAGUCAGAGGACGAGAGAGCAACAGAGAGAGAGAGAGAGAGAGAGAGAGAGAGUCACGCUUACAAGCCAGCGGAGAAGAGACGUCAAGAGGAGGAUCUACAGAGGGAGGAAAAAGAAAUCCUUCUCUCUUCUGCUGCCUCUCUGCGUGCAUCCUACGGGCAGCGAGGAGCGAAGAGGAGCGAGGAGGAUCCGGCUGGCAUAUUUUCUACUCUUGCUUCCCCGCUACUUCUGCGGCUGAUCACAGUGGGUGGAGAGCAGGGAGAGCCGCCGAGAGCUCCAUCGGUGACACCGCUCCGCAGCAGCACACCAAGAGAACUGUAGAGCAGCCGGGAUGCUUAACAACUUGACCGACACAGAGGAGGGGGACGGAGGAGCCCAAAGCCAGGGUGACAGUAACCCCAAGGAGAGCAGCCCCUUCAUCAACAGCAGCGAUGCCGCCGCAGAGAAGAGCCAGCAGUAUGACGGCAAGAACAUGGCCUUGUUCGAGGAGGAGAUGGACACCAGCCCCAUGGUGUCGUCUCUCCUCAGCAGCCUGGCCAACUACUCCAACCUGCCCCAAGGUAGCAAGGAGCACGAGGAGGCCGAGAACAACGAGGCGGAGUCAUCGCGCAAGAAACCUGUCAAGGCCCCCCAGCUCGGCACUCUGAUGGGCGUGUACCUGCCGUGCAUCCAGAACAUCUUCGGAGUCAUCCUCUUCCUCAGGAUGACCUGGUUGGUGGGAAUCGGAGGCGUGGUCGGGUGCUUCGUCAUCGUCUUCAUUUGCUGUUCCACCACCAUGCUGACUGCCAUCUCGAUGAGUGCCAUCGCUACCAAUGGAGUAGUGCCAGCCGGAGGCGCCUACUACAUGAUAUCCCGGUCCUUGGGCCCUGAGUUUGGGGGUGCGGUGGGGAUCUGUUUCUAUCUGGGGACAACCUUCGCCGGAGCCAUGUACAUCCUGGGGGCCAUCGAGCUCCUCCUGAUCUACAUAGCACCCAAAGCAGCCAUCUUUCCCCUGGAGGGUCUGGAGGGGGCCGAGGCGGAGGCCGCCCUGCUGAACAACAUGCGGGUGUACGGCACCAUCCUGCUCUUCUCCAUGGCCACGGUGGUGUUUGUCGGAGUGAAGUACGUCAACAAGCUGGCCCUGGUCUUCCUGGCCUGCGUCAUCCUCUCCAUCCUGGCCGUGUACGCCGGGGUCAUCAAUACCGGAUGGGAUCCUCCAGAAUUCCCUGUGUGUCUCCUGGGCAACCGCACCUUGGUGUCGAAGAACUUCGAUGUGUGUGCUAAGACCAUCGAGUCAGCCAACGGGACGGUCACCACCCAGCUGUGGCGCAUGUUCUGUGACUCACCGCUCCUCAACGCGACCUGCGACAAGUACUUCGUAGCCAACAAUAUAUCUCAAGUCCAGGGCAUCCCGGGGGUCACCAGCGGGGUCCUGGCAGAGAACAUGUUUGGGACUUACUAUGAGAAGGGGGACCUGAUCGCCAGGAAAAACAUGGAGUCAGCAGAGGACCAGGACGACCCUCUGACCAACUCAAACCGCUACGUGCUGGCCGACAUCGGCAGCUUCUUCACGCUGCUCGUCGGCAUCUACUUCCCCUCUGUGACAGGGAUCAUGGCCGGCUCCAACCGCUCCGGAGACCUGCGUGACGCUCAGAAGUCCAUCCCCAUUGGAACCAUUGCAGCCAUCACCACCACCUCCUUUGUCUACAUGACCAGUGUGAUUCUGUUCGGUGCCUGCAUCGAGGGAGUCGUCCUCAGGGACAAGUUUGGAGAGGGAGUCCACGGGAAUUUGGUCAUUGGCACAUUGGCUUGGCCGUCACCAUGGGUGAUCGUUAUUGGCUCCUUCUUCUCCACCUGUGGGGCGGGACUUCAGAGUCUGACGGGGGCCCCUCGUCUCAUGCAGGCCAUCGCCAAGGACGGCAUCGUGCCCGCCCUCCGGAUCUUUGGCCAUGCAAAGGCUAACGGAGAGCCCACAUGGUCUCUCCUGCUGACCGUUUGUAUCUGCGAGAUCGGCAUCCUCAUCGCCUCUCUGGAUGCUGUGGCUCCCAUCCUCUCCAUGUUUUUCCUGAUGUGCUACAUGUUUGUGAACUUGGCCUGCGCUCUGCAGACGUUGCUAAGGACUCCAAACUGGAGACCGCGCUUCAAGUUCUACCACUGGGCUCUGUCCUUCCUCGGGAUGAGCUUGUGUCUCACGCUCAUGUUCAUCUGCUCCUGGUACUACGCCAUCAUCGCCAUGUUAAUUGCCGGCUCCAUCUACAAGUAUAUCGAGUUUGCAGGUGCGGAGAAGGAGUGGGGGGAUGGGAUACGAGGUCUGUCUCUGAGCGCCGCACGCUACGCUCUCAUGCGUCUGGAGGAAGGUCAACCGCACACCAAGAACUGGAGGCCCCAGCUGCUGACGCUGGUUAGUACAGACUCGGAGCAAAACAUCGAGCAGCCUCGUCUGCUCUCUCUCACCAACCAGCUGAAGGCAGGCAAAGGUCUGACCAUCGUCGGGACGGCUCUAGUGGGAUCCUACUUGGAGAACCAGGAGCAGACCCAGCGUGCAGAGCAGGCGCUGCGUAAACUGAUGGAGACCGAGAAGGUGAAGGGCUUCUGUCAAGUGACCGUGUCCUCCAACCUGCGCGAUGCCACCUCCCACCUCCUCCAGGCCAGUGGGCUGGGGGGCCUGAAACACAACGCUGUGCUGGUGUCCUGGCCCCGCAACUGGAGGCAGGGAGAUGAGCACCAGACCUGGAGGAACUUUGUUGAGUUGGUCAGAGAAACCACCGCGGCUAGCCUGGCUAUGCUCGUCCCGAAGAACAUCGCGGCCUUCCCAUCCAAUGGAGAGCGCUUCACCGAGGGCCACAUCGAUGUUUGGUGGAUCGUCCAUGAUGGAGGCAUGCUCAUGCUGCUGCCCUUCCUUCUCAAACAGCACAAGGUCUGGAGGAAGUGCAAGAUACGCAUCUUUACCGUGGCCCAGUUGGACGACAACAGCAUCCAGAUGAAGAAAGACCUGACCACCUUCCUCUAUCAUCUCCGUAUCGAAGCCCUGGUGGAAGUUGUAGAAAUGCAUGACAGCGACAUCUCAGCCUACACUUACGAGAAGACCCUGGUGAUGGAACAACGAUCGCAGAUGCUUAAACAGAUCAACCUGAGCAAGACUGAGCGUGAGAGAGAGAUCCAGAGUAUCACUGAUUCAUCCCGCGGGUCAAUCCGCCGUAAGAACCCGGCCGCCGUGACAACCCAGCUGAGUGUGACCGAGGAGCCGUCCGCAGACAGCAAGGAGGAGAAGCCCGAGGAAGAGUCAAAGUCGGCCUCUUCCCCUGUCUCCCCCCCUGCGCAGGUCCAGCUCAUCCACGACAACACCACCCCGACCACCCCCGCCACCCCGGCCACCUCGCUGACCCCCACAGAGGGGGCUAAGAGCCCCGGGGAGCAGGUCCAAAGGACCUGGACUGAGAAGUGUGACAGCGAGCCCGCCAAGCCGCCCGGCGCCGCGACACCAGAGGGCAUCAAAGACAUCUUCAACAUGAAGCCCGAGUGGGAGAACCUGAACCAGUCCAAUGUGCGGCGUAUGCACACAGCGCUCCGGCUGAAUGAGGUCAUCAUCAAGAAGUCCUCAGAGGCCAAGCUGGUCCUCCUCAACAUGCCCGGGCCUCCCAAGAACCGGACAGGGGACGAGAACUACAUGGAGUUCCUCGAGGUCCUCACUGACGGUCUCAACCGGGUCCUCCUGGUCCGCGGAGGCGGCCGCGAGGUCAUCACCAUCUACUCCUGAAAAAGCAGCCCCCUCCCCCACUGCCACCCUCCCCCAGCCCUGUUCCUGUGUCACCUUUACUCUGUCAUCAGCGCAGCUUCUUCAUUAUGUCGCUCUGAUCGUUUAUUUCUGUACGAUAGUCCUCUCACACCCAAACACCAGCUCAGCUUCAGCCCCCCCCCCGCUCCACCCCAGCAGACCAAUGAGCUACUCAACCUUCAUUCUAGUCCAGUAAGCUACUCAAACUACUGUAUGCUCUAGACCCAUUGAGAGACUAUCUAGAAUAUAUAUUUUCUUCGCUAGUCUGUAAUCGAUUGUAGGAACCCUCAUUGAUUCACUGGGUAAGGAGGAGGUGGUGCUGUUGGUUGUUAGUUGAGGUGUGAGCGCAUAUGCAUGUCUCUGUGUCCGUCUUUGUUUCAAAUCCCUGCAGAUUCUUUUUUUUUUUCAAAUACAAGUGUGGCAUAGCAGCGGCUCCUGUUCGUAGAGAGCCGGCUGAAUGAGCUCAGUGUAGGAUUGUGUGUUUAUUUCCUUUGUGGUGAUCGGACACCUCCCACAGCGCGACUGCCCGCUGCGAUGUGAUUUCUCUUUCAGAAAGACACUGCUGCACACGGUCAGACCACCAGCUGGAAGCAGAAGCAAGUCGCAAAGUAUGAACUGUGAAAUUCACAUUGGUAUUUGAAGAAGACUGAAAAGGCACGUGGAUCAAACCUGCAGUAUUAAACUGAACACUGCGUUAGCAUGGCGUCCUUAUAACUGUGUGUGUUUCUACUCCACGUGUUCUGUUACCACCAUCUCUCUUUCUACCCAUUUCUUAGUGGCUGUUCAUCCCCGUGGCCACUGUUAGUGCCAAAAAAAAUACAACAAGGAUAGCUUAGUUUGUAGAGAUUGACACGUAAAUAAAACUGUGAAAAAGUGCGUUUCCUACCAGAAGGCUGGUGUGACAGCGGAGUGUGGAGACCGUACGAACACCCCGAGGAGAUUAUCAUUGCCAGCACCCUCGACCCUCGUGUGGAUCACUGUAAAUAAUGUACAAGCUCUGACGCGUUGUUCAGUAUGAGUGUAGUAUUUUUGUGACAUACUAAAAAGCUUCUAGUGGAGAGAAAACGCUCCUUCGCUCAGAAGGACAGCUCGAAAAAACCGCUGAAUUUUAAUAUUUAUUUAUCUAUUUAUUUAUUUAUUGGAUGGCAUAGGCUCCUGUCACUAUGGUAACUGUCAUUGUAACCUCGACAAGCACUGCACCUGCACUGUCCGCCACUGUGCAACAAGUGAAAGUUCAAUGAAUUCAACAAAUUCAUUGAAUUUAAAAAAAAAUGAAACACUAAAUGUUAUUUUUUCAUCUAGAGAACAAAUAUGUAUUUAUGUUUAUAGACAAAGUUACACACAUUGAUCAAAUAGUUGUCAUUUUGAUUGUCACUCAAAGAUAUAUUGUUGUUUUUGCCUCAUUUAGAUGCAUUAAAUGUGCCAUAUCAAAGUAUUUUUCAAAGAGAAAUAUUGAACAAAAAUGAUUGAAUUAGAGUGUGCUAAAAACGGGAAACUGAGGUGUCUACAUGAAACUAGAAUGGGAAUGACACUAAGGGUAGAAAGUCGCCCCCUGUAGAUGAUAAAAUAAGAGAUGUUCAGACGCUCAGAUUUAAAGUAUAUCAGCUCUAACUAAAGUUUUGAACAUCUAUUGAUUGAUUGUUUAUAGGGUCAGGUCUAAAUGAAUAGAGAGGACAAUGGCUUCUGUAGCUAGGAAACUCACGUUGUCCACCAGACUGAACUCUAUGCAGUAGACUCUCCGCUGAGAUUUUAUAUCCUCCAGAUUGGAAACAGAUUUGAGCCACACAUGUCCCCGACUGAAUGACUUGUGAGCAAAUCAUAUUUAGAUUUAAAAAGUGCAUCUUGGAAGGAAUGUGCAAUAGUUGAAAAUCCGGACUCAUGUGAUCAUGUUAUUUAUUUUUUUACACAUGUAUUUUGUAUAUGUAGAUUUCGUAAGUCUUUAAAAAAACAAAUAUCCAGAUUCAUCUCACUCUGACCAAGAACAGCUGUCACUUUACUUUAUUUCCGUUUCUUUUCUUAAAGAAACUGUUUUUGGUCAUUUGCACUUGUAGUAGAAAUAUAAAUAAAUACCGUAUAAAUAUAUAUAUACAGUAUAUACAAUAUAAGGAAGCAAAACAAAUUAGUUUCUAGAACUAUUUACAACAGUAUUAAAUGUUUUUAGUGUUGCUUGAAUGUCGGACCAUAUGUUGUGAAUGCUGCUAGUAUCUAUAGAUGUAUUUGUACUGUAAAUAGAGACGACUAAAGAUCAAGUGAAAAAGGGUAUAGACAUACAUAUCAGUGGCGGUGGAAACAAAGCGAGGCUGUACCUGUAGACAUUUGGCCUGAGAUCUUUGGACAGGGUUAGCUUUCUGUUUUAUGAGACACUGAAUACCUUGAUGCAAUAUUAUAACUGAGGGCAAACCCUCCACCUUUUACUCUCUUUUUAAAAACCACUAUCUGUAACCCCUGAAGUAACGUAACAGAUGAUUUACUUUAAGCUUACAAAAAUCACUCAAAUAUAUUUAAAUAUGAAUAUUUAUCUGCUUUUCAAAUUUAUAACACACCUACCUUUCACACCUGUGAUACUUAAGAAAGCAGCCGCUCCUAGUUUUCAAAGAUUUAAGGGUGCCAAGUCAUGAAGACUUUCUUUUCUUGCCACACUUUACUCUGACAAAGGGAGUGGUUCACGUCAGUUUUUGAAGAACGCGGCUGUUUUGGGAUUGUCUCCACAACAUUGCCUGCAUCAACUGAGCCUUUUAAAUUGAUUCAAAAGAAAAGAUAUCUGAUGUUUAUUGGAGAAGUUUAUUGGAAAUGAAUUUAUUUAUUGAAUUAUAAAUGUUUUAUAAUUGCUGUUUGCAUGGUACUAUGUGGCAAUAUUUGUUUUAGUGGUUUCUAUAGUGAUGACUUGUAUGUUCAAGGUGCAGAGCGGGGUUAAAGGUCGCCAAACGUUCUCAUUGAGUUACAGAUUGUUUUUGGGAACUCUCGAGUGUUUGCCGCUCAUCCGGAAACAUCGCUAGACCUUGAAAACAAGAAAUAAAAGAAAAAGUAUGAGUUCACUAUAUUGUUACUUGUUAUAUUUCAAUCUCACUCCAAUAGUCUUAUAACGUAAUAGGAGAUUUUUGAGUUUGCGAAUGGAUGGGCCUUGGAAACGGUCAUCUCACCUGUGUAAAUAUAUAUCACUAAAGUCAGAGACACUGUAACCGACUAGUGUUGUCUUUUGUUGUACACUGUUCAAUCACUGUGGCAAAGUCUUAGAGUUUUGUAUGAUUACGUGCAAUAUUGUUCUCACAUUGAUUUUCAUUUUGUUAUGUUGUUUAUUUUCUACGAAACAACUGGAGGUGUCACUUAUUUCAUCAGAAUGUUUGUCACCAGGUCUCACGGACAAUAAAGAUCGACAGUGUUUAUCUGAUGUGGCUGAGACAGCAAAGCACUUUGACACUGAGUGGGGGGGGAGGGGUCUGCGCAGUAAACCCUUGCCCCACAGAGAUCUCUGGUGGCACACGAGUGUAUUACAGCCAGCCGUGGAGGUCUGACAGCCCAGACUAUAAAAUAUGAUUAACUCCCAUCCUCCUGCAGCGGUUUUGAACUGCAAGCACCCAGAAACUACCUGCUGAUUUUGUUUACAUCUUCUCGUGUCAGCAUUUCCUUGAACAUUUUUAGCAUGCAUCACAUUCUUUCCUUUCUCUUGCCAAACUUCUUUAAAAAAGAAAAAUAGUUACAUUUAUUGUGCUUGUCACUCAAUCUGUGAAGUGAGCCUUCCCAGACUUCCUCCCCCCCCCCACCACCACUUCCCCUCUCCUCCUCACCCCAUCUGCCCCAAAAAAUCCCCCCCGGCCUCCCCCAUCCCAGCCACUAAAUCCACCCCAGCUGUGUAUUUUAAAUGUGAUUGCAGUAUAAUUCUGAAAAAUGAUCAAAGAAUAUAAAACUCGCGCUUCCAAUUCUGGCAAUGGCUCUGCUCGCACGACACCUGAUGGUCUACUUUCAAAAACCAGCACGUCCCCUCUCCCCACAGCUGAUCCAUGAUUUAGAUCAGAUCCUUCGCCUGCACAACUGUAGCAUGAGACAAACUUGCCGGUGAUCAUUACCCAGUCUCCAUCCUUAAAUGGAUAUUAAGGGCUCUGAAACACAUCUGUUACCAGGUUGAGGAGGCUGUCCUGUUUAAGAUACCAACAGAGAAAAACAACAAGUCCUAGAUUUUGAAAGAGGGCACACGUAGUCUGUAGCUGAGAUAAGAUGGAAAACCCUUCAGUGUAUUUUCAGACAGACGUGCCCGAUUGCAUUUCACACAGUCGUCCUCUCUGGGAGUUAGAGAAGAAGUCGAGGGGCCGUCGGCCGCUGCGAGCAGAGCCACGUCCCAGUCAUGUUGUGUAACUCAGUGCAUGCAUGCGAUUAUCCUGAACAAGGUGUAUUGAAAAUAUAUUGGGUGUUUGUGGUAUAAAAGUAUUUUGUUUUUAUCAUUAGGAACUUUUUCUUUUAGUACUAUGAUUUUCUUUCCUUAGGACUGGCCAAUCAUUGUAUACAAGAUGAAUAUUAUUAUUAUUAUACUACAAGAUUCUAUUUUUUAUGGUGGAUUUGUUGACAAGGUAUUCUCAUUGUGUCAAAUAUUAUCUGCAGAUAAACUGACUACCAAAGUAUAUUUCAGUUAACUACAUAAAUGAUGGUGUGCUCCAGUGAAUUAUACAAGUAAAUACUGUUUAUUAUUAAAGGUUUAUUAGAUAAAACAUAUCGUUUCAAAAGGGUAAAACUAUGAAAGUGCCAAAGUAGUAGAGGAGAUGCCUGCAGAUCAGCAACUUGAUGAAAAAUGCAGCCUGUCCAAAACUAUACAUUUAACAAUUAUAAAAAAAAAUGCCUAUCAAGAACGAGCAAAUGAAGUUAGCCGGCUUCUUAUGUAUCUGACAGACAUGAUUGGUAUUGCUUAUAUAUUUUUCCUUUAACACUUUAUGGCCUUUUACAAAUAUAGUAAAUAUAUAUAUAUAAAUCAAAUAUAUACAAUAUAGUAUUUAAUUGAAUAACCAGUACCUCCCUGCAGAUUCAUUUUGCCACUGUCCAGGUUUGUUUUCAAUUCACUGGAGUUGUGGGAAACAUGUUGUAUGGAUGCCUGACAAACGUAAUGGAUGUAGAUAUAAAUGAUAUACAGCAUACCUGUAUCAAAUAUCAGUAGUAUGAAUUUAUUUUAUUUUUUAAUUCAGAAACGUUCAUUACUCUUCCUUGAUACUGUACCUGGUCUUAUGGUAAAGCGUAGUGUGUUCCUUUCAGUUCUGUGGGAGUGUGUGUGUACAUGUGCACUUGUAACUGCUGGGGGCAGGGGUGGGAGGGGGCUACGUGUAAAUAAAUCAAAUACAGUUAGUGUGGAGGUGUUUUUUUUGUGUCAGUGUAAGUUAAAUAUUCUAAAAUUUAAAAAAGACAUGUAUUAUUCUCUAUUGUGUUUCAUGGUACAUAAAAAAAGAGGAAAAAGUAGUUUUAUCUUACAUUUCAAAUGCUUAUAUCUAUGGCUUCUGGCGAUACCCGUUCCAUUUUAUAGAUUUGUCAGCACAAAAUGCAAUAAACCAAUACCAUUUUAUUACAGCAAUUGUGUCUCGAGUUUUUAAUCAUUCUUUUACAAUGAAAUUGUUACAAAUAGAAAAAAACCCACUAUGUGCAAAACUAUAAAACACAUCAUGGUUGGAAAAGAACAAAGGAGUCCAUCAAAACAAACUGAUACACAUGCCUCAGUUUAACUCACAUUUAAGAAGACUCAAUUAUCUUCUGACUAAUAAUAAAAAAAACAGAACAUUAGCUAAUCCCGCCAAGCUGUCACUUAAAUCAACUGAACACAUAAUUAUUAAUAAAAAAAAAAGAUUAAAAGCUUGAACAAAACACUCAACUGUACGAUCUACCUUUACACAGGCGGUUAUUUCACU